AUGACAGCCAUUUUGCAGUCAGUCAUCUUCCCCUUCCCCUUCCCCUUCCCCUUCCCCCCUCUGCGGAGUCGAUGUGGGUGAUCACCCAUCUGCACCCUCAAAAUACUGCAGCGUGUUCAUUCCCAGGUCCUCUCAGGGCGUUGCCAGCCGCGAAAAGGUACGAUGCAUCGUGCAUGUGCAUCGCGUCCAAGCUCGGCAAAUGGUGGGGCUGCAUUAGCCCAUCCGGAUGUACGCCGUCCAUCAAUCAUAUCAUCGGAAUCGAUCAACUCGCUCUGUCGGCAUCUUCGAUGCGCUCAUACCCCCGACGCCUCAACGGCGAUGCUUUCGGCUCUGCGCGGAAUGCCACGGUCGUGCAUCUGGCACCAUAAUGUCUCUCCCCGAUGUGGUAGCCCAGGAGCCAAUGUCGGGCCCGAAAAUCGAUCACAAUCACACCGAGUUAUAUGAAGUCCUUGGUCGCUGGCCCCCCUCGCAUUGUCCGGGUCUGCGAAAUCGGUUCCAGGUUUGUGGAGACUGGAGUGACUUCAAAAAAGGUGGGGCUCGCCUGCUCGGACAAGGAGAUGAGCAAGGCCCGAGAACUCGCUUUUGAGCAGAGGGUUUUCCCUUCCUCUCCUUCUCCCCCCCUCUGUCCGCCGUCGUCUUUUUGCCAUCCCGUGCCUAAACUAGAGAAUAGAUAGAUAGACGUUCAAGUGAUCCCACCAUCAUGGCCCCUCAACUCC